UAUAGGUUAUGUUUUUUUCGUUAUAUUCUAUCUUUUAAAAUUCAUUUAGUUUCAGUACGUUUUUUGAGUGUUAAAUGUAAGUAAGUUAAAUAUGCCUAGUGAAAAAGAAGAAAAAUUUGAUGCGAUGCUUUUAGCAAUAGCUCAACAACACGAAAAAGGCGUUGAUCAAUUACUGGAUACCUUUUUUAGCUUUUUAGCUAGGAAGACUGAUUACUUUACUGGAAGUCCUGAUGAAAAAGCAUCUGAAAGAAUUUUAAUGUCAAUAUUCAACAAACACAGAAACAAUGCCCUUUGUGAAAAACAAAAAGCAGAUGAAAAACGUAGAGAUGAAGCCAUGAAAAGACUCCAAAAAGCUCAAAAAGAAAAAGAAGCAGAUAAACCAAAAUUAAAAGAAUUAACUGAUGAAGAAGCUGAACAACUUCAAAAAGAAAUAGACAUGAAAAAGAAAGACACAGAUGAUUUAUCAAAUAUCUCUCGUGCCGGUGAUAAUGAUACAUCGCCAAUUAUUGAGGAAGAUGAAGACGAUCCCAAAGAAAAAGGUAAAUUGAAACCAAAUUCCGGCAAUGGUUGUGAUUUACCUAAUUAUAAAUGGACUCAAACAUUAUCAGAUAUUGAGCUAAGAAUUCCUUCAAAAGCAGCUUUUAAACUAAGGUCACGCGAUGUUAUUGUGAAUUUAAAGAAGAAGCACAUUUGUGUUGGAAUUAAAGGUCAACCUCCUAUAGUGGACGAUGAACUACAACAUGAAAUUAAACUUGAAGAAACUACAUGGUUACUUGAAGAUGGAAAAACAUUCCUUAUUAACAUAGAAAAAGUAAAUAAAAUGGAAUGGUGGUCAAAAUUAAUAUUAUCUGAUCCAGAAAUAUCAACAAAAAAAAUCAACCCAGAACCAUCAAAAUUGUCAGAUCUUGAAGGUGAAACUAGAUCUAUGGUAGAAAAAAUGAUGUAUGACCAACAACAAAAAAAUAUGGGACUACCUACUUCAGAUGAGCAAAAAAAACAGGAUGUACUAAAAAAGUUCAUGGAACAGCAUCCUGAAAUGGAUUUUUCAAAAUGCAAAUUUAAUUAAUAUAUUUUAGUGUUAUGUAUACUCAUAUAAUUAAACUUUAUUCAAACAAUGAAAUUUUAUAUUAAGUAUAUAUUAGAAUUGCAUUUUUACAAAAAAUUUUGAUUAAUAAACAUAUUGUAUUGCA